AGGAGGACUAUGGUGGCGACGAGGAGGAGUACGACUCGAACGAGCAAAGCGAAGCGGAAGAAGAAGAAGAGGAGGACGAGGAUCAGGAACAGGAAAUAAAUUCAAGAGAGGCGGAAGGCGGGGACGAGCAAGGUGGCUACCAACGAGGAGGUCGCUUUCAAAGAGCUGCUGAUGCUGACGAGGAACGAGAGGCGGAAGGAGGAGAAAAUGUAGAUGACGAUGAUGAUGAUGAAGAGGACGAGGAGGAGGAAGAGGACGACGACGACAAUGACGAUGAACAGGACGGGGACGAUGAACCUAUCGGGGGCGACUACGACGAGUCAAGUUCCAGUGAGGCGGAUAAUGAUUCCGAUAUUGAGAUUAUUGAAAUCAAUGACGACGACGAUGAUGAUGAACCGCCGCAGCAACAGCAGCAGGUCAGCGGAAACAGCGCUCCGCGAGAGCAAGUGUCCUCUUCCUUUGCCUCCAGACCAAAUCCGAACCACUCUAUCCGUUCUGAUGACGACGACGACGACGAAGAGGAGGAGGAAGACGAGGAAGCUGAAGCCAACGAAUCUAAUGAAUAA